CCCUCCCUUCCCGCCCGCCCUUCCCACGUGAGGGGGGCGAGUCACGCGAUUUCCGGGAACCCGUCAGGAAGGGACAUAAACAAAACAAACCCCGAAGCCGCAUGGAGGGUCCGGGCCGGACCGCGCGGGGCGGCGCCCCCUGCUGAGCCCCCGGCUCCCGAAGUCUACGAACAGAAGAGCAGCAGCAGGGUGAACUGAAGCUGUCCUAAGGAACAAUUUAAUUGCAUGGAUUGUGUAAACUCACUGAGACUGAAGUAAAGCUGGAAAGGAAUCUACAAGUGAAUAAAAAAAGAAGUUUGGAAUUGGAUUUGGGUAAUCUGGGCUUGGAAAUGCCUCAGCCCAGUGUGAGUGGAAUGGACCCUCCUUUCGGGGAUGCCUUUCGGAGCCACGUGUUUGCCGAGCAGACUCUGAUGAGCACGGAUCUCUUGGCAAGCAGUUCGGAUCCAGACUUCAUGUAUGAACUGGACAGAGAAAUGGACUAUCAGCAAAGCUCCAGAGACAACUUACUUUCAAUGGAGGACUGCAAAGAUCUUGAGAACUUAGAGUCUUUUACGGACAUCCUGGACAAAGAAGCUGCGCUCACCUCCAAGUGGGAGCAGUGGGACACCUACUGUGAAGACUUAACUAAGUACACUAAACUAACCAGCUGUGACAUCUGGGGAACAAAAGAGGUGGAUUAUCUGGGCCUCGAUGACUUUUCAAGCCCAUACCAAGACGAAGAGGUUAUAAGCAAAACACCAACACUGGCUCAGCUUAACAGUGAGGAUUCCCAGCCUGUUUCUGAUUCACUCUAUUACCCUGAUUUGCUCUUCAGUGUAAAACAAAACCCUUUAAAUUCUUUGUUACCUGGCAAAAAAAUCGCAAGCAGAGCAGCAGCCCCGGUCUGUUCCUCCAAGAACGUUCAGGCGGAGGCGCCUUUGUCGGACUAUGUGCAGAAGGCGAGCAGACUCGCAGCUCAGCCUGCUUCCAGUACACAGAUCGUGGUGAAGACCAACGUGUACAAUAACGAAAAGGUGAACAUUCAUGUUGAAUGUAAAGACUACGUUAAAAAGGCGAAAGUAAAGAUCAAUCCUUUACCGCAGAGCAGACCGGUGCUGAGCCAGACGCACGCUGAUGCAGCAAAGGAAAACACCUGUUAUUGUGGCGCGGUAGCAAAGAGGCAAGAAAGAAAAGGAAUGGAGUCCCCGCACAGUCACAGUACAACUCCUGCUCUGCCUUUUAAAGAGACUCAGGAGCUGCUCCUCAGUCCGCCCCAGGAAGCCCCCGCGCUUGUGGUGGGCGAGAGCAGCCUGUCUGCCAGCACCUCCGCGUCAGAUUCUUCCCAGAAGAAAGAAGAGCACAACUAUUCUCUCUUUGUAACAGACAGUGUGGCUGAACAGUCAGCCAAAGGAGACCCGGAGGAAGAUGAGGAUGAGGAGGACGACAUUGAAGACGAGGACCACGAUGAAGGGUUCGGCAGCGAGCACGAGCUGUCUGAAAACGACGAUGAGGAAGAAGAUUAUGAGGAUGAUAAAGAUGACGACAUCAGCGAUACGUUCUCAGAACCAGCAGUAACACUUAGUGGGUCUUCAAAGGAUACUGAAUUCUUCUCUUCUGCAUGUAGAAAUGGAGCCUUAACAACAGAAAUAAGAACUAACCUUCGCCUGGAAGGGUAUGAAAACGAUUCCGUGGAGGAUUUGAAAGAAAUGACCGCGAUAUCCUCUCGGAAAAGAGGCAAGCGAAGAUACUUCUGGGAGUACAGCGAGCAGCUGACGCCGUCGCAACAGGAAAGGAUGCUGAGGCCGUCCGAGUGGAGUCGAGACACGUUACCAAGUAACAUGUAUCAGAAGAACGGUCUCCAUCACGGAAAAUACGCAGCCAAGAAAUCGCGGAGGACUGAUGUAGAAGACCUGACCCCCAACCCCAGAAAGCUUCUACAGAUCGGUAACGAACUGAGGAAGCUGAAUAAGGUGAUCAGUGACCUCACGCCAGUCAGUGAACUGCCCUUAACUGCCAGACCCAGGUCAAGAAAAGAAAAGAACAAGUUGGCUUCCAGGGCUUGUAGACUAAAAAAGAAAGCCCAGUAUGAAGCCAAUAAAGUAAAACUCUGGGGUCUCAACACGGAAUAUGAUAAUUUACUCUUUGUCAUCAACUCCAUUAAACAAGAAAUAGUUAACCGGGUGCAGGUACCUAAAGAUGAUAGAGGAGGCAACAUGGAGCAAAAGUUAAACGUACUUAUUAAAGACACUCUGGGGCCACCUGUAGCUGGACAGACGUCAGAGUUUGUGAAUCAAGUUCUAGAGAAGACCGCAGAGGGAGACCCCACCGGCGGCCUCGUGGGGCUGCGAGUCCCCGCCGCCAAAGUCUAAGCCGCGACUCCAGCUCUUCUCGUCGCUCCGAUUCUACCUGUGUUGUCAAGUACUUCAUUGUAAAUUGCAUUCUGGUCUGCAUGUCAGUUUAGCAUUAUGGAAACACAACUAGGUUCCAUUGCUUUUCAAUAAUAACGUAGUAAAACAAAACAAAGCAUGAUGAUCUAAAAUGCUUACUAGCAUUUUUCGGAGCAUAAAGCAGGUAGUUUCAAAGCUGCUUUAAGUUAAAUGCAGAGAUGAGGAUUCUUUGUGAAAUUAAUGUAGGACCAGAAUAUAUCACUUUUGGUUUAGAAGUAAAACCACAUUUCUGCUAGUGAAACAUUUUAGCAUAUGCCAGACAUUGCGAGAGGUUUAUGCUCCAGGUAAAAUAAGAGGAAGCAUUUUUUUUUGUAAAGCUGUCAAUUUAGGGAGUUUUUUGUUCUUUUUUUGUUUUAUAUAUAUAUAAAUAUAUAUAUAUAUAUAAAUAAUUGGAUUUCUUCUGUUCCUAAAAACCAGUCAUCUUUCUUUGCAACCGUUAACUUGUACAUAGCACACGUGGCACUAGAGCUAGUGUGCCAUAGAAGACUUUAAUUUUUCUGAGCUUAAUAUAGUAUUUAAAUGUCUGUGCAAGCAAGAGAAAAAAACAAGUCUAUUCUUUGUGCCUUGUAUUUUGGGGGAGAGCUAUCAGUGCAAGCUGGUAACGUUUGUAUGAAGAAAACCCUGAGGGGAAAAAACAAGAUGUAUAGACGGUAAGAUUAUAGGUUUUAAUGUAUUUGUUCCAGCUCUUAAAACUUUUGAAUGUAUAUAGGAAUAUGUUGAAAAUGUAGAUAUAUGCCACAGAGUCUAUGUAUUGUAUAAAAGAUGGCUCUAGAAAACUCAAUUUCGGUACUUUGGCCGGAAGAAAACAAAUACUUGCACAUUAAUGCGAUUGUUUAUUUUUGUACCAAAGACAAAUGCAACUGAUAUGGCGAACUGCCAGUCUAAGUAAAGUUUUGCACAGCUUAUAUGAUACUGUACUGAAUGUAAAAACAAAUGAAAAAACAAGAAAAAAAACCUAAAGGUCAGGGUUAGGGAUCUUACUGAACUGUGAAUCUUUUUGUUUGGGUCCAAUUAUCUACAGAAGGAGCAUUCACACCUAACGAUAUUGUUUUGCUGUUCUCGUAGUUCGCUUCCAUGGUAGAUAAGUUGGUGGCCGUCUCGGCGUCUCUGAAUCUUUUUUCUCUGCACUUACUGUAGGAGAUUUUAAUAUAUUUGGAUUUUAGUAAGCUAUUGGUAAAAUAGUUUUCAACUUUGAGAAUUUAAAAAGAAGCGGAUAUUUAGCUCGUUGUAGUAUACUUCCACCAAACAACCAAAAUAAAGUUAUUUUUAUUGUAAUGUGUAUAUAUGUAAAGAGAAAAAAGAGCUACAAAUAUCUAAUUCCUUAGUUGCCACUUUUCCAGUCGAUGUAUUAUUAUGCAUGUGAUGUUUCCGAGGAUCAGCACAGGCUUCAAACGAAACAACAAAAAAAAUUUAUAGACUUUUCUAUUUUUGUACAGGUAUUUGGAAACUAGCUUCUUCAGACUUAUACGUGACUUAUUCUUGCUAAUCCAGUAGUUUCUAUGAUUGAGGAAUAUUAACACACAGUUCUUAUUUGCUCUUCUGCUAAUAAGAGUUGGCUUUGUAGUCAGCGUAACCUACAGAUGAAAAGCUUUAGCCUUUGAUGAGAAAGUCCUUUAUCUCAAGGCAAGAUCAUUCUCUGGUUUCAUGGACCCCCCGUUUUCCUCCCUGUUCUUUCUCUCCCUAUUUAAAGAUGACAAAACACUGUUUACUGAAAAUAGAAAUACCAAAUAUUUUCAAAUGUAGCUGCUGAGAAACAAAUGCAAAAGUCCAUGAAGGCUUUUCUCCCCGCUCCCUUUGGGGAAAUCUCUCCAUUUCUAGUUUGUCUGAGUUCGUUUGUACUGUGAUUCCUUUUUGUUUAUAAGUAGCUUAUUUUUAUAUCCACGCCUGUACUAGGAAUAAAGUCGGUGAGAGCGGGGGUGUCCCUGCCGCCCACGGGGUGCACAGCUCACCCGGAUUUUGGAAGACGCAAAGGGGAGGAGGAGGAGGCCCAAAUACCACUACUGAGCUGAGCAGAAAGCGUUGCCUCCAGGAGACUGAACAAAUACCCAGGGCAAUUCAGGCGAAACUUCGCAAAUCCACUUAAGACUUGCAAAAAUCUGAGUGGCAUGUGGGUGUUUUGUUCCAGGUGGUGUGGUUAGGGUGAGGUGAGAGUUUGCUGCUUUCCGCGCUGGCGCAGAUGUGUUCCUGCUGGAAUUACUGACCGUGCCGCAGUUGUACGGGAGGUGCGUCUGGCCCGUAAGACCCCGACAGAGAAUGUCUCUUGUGCUGCGGAGCCCGUGUCUGUACCCAGAUUUCAAUGCUCGUCGUUCCUUUCCGAUGUCAAGACGCUGCUCAGGUCCGAGAGGUCCUUCCGCUGGAUCCGGGGCAGCGUUUCCUAAACGUUAAGAGAGCAGUUUCGCAAUCAGGUAGAGACCUUUGUGACAAAUGAAACUGACAAGGUAUUAAAAAUGCCCCUUUUUUACUGCUCAGAAGUGCUGGGCAAAUGUAACUUUAUAGCUCUUUAUUUUUGUCUGAAAACCAGAAUAUGAUUUUGGUCUAGCAUUUCAAAGUAGCCUUUGACUCUCUAGUGAAUUCCGUACCCUUGCAUUUCAGUGUUUUCUAUGUAUUAAGUUAAAGCUUUUAAAUAGUUGAGCUUUUUAAUGUUGACACUUUAUUUUGUACCUAUUUAUAUGUAUGUAUAUCUUAGAAAAGCACUUUGUUUAAAAAGAAAAGAAAAAAAACAACUGCGUUUUAUAUGAUUCCUGCCACUUGCUGCUAACUCUGGGCUGGUCAGAAUGCUGCAGCGAUACUUGAGAUAAAUAAAACCUGGCAGUAAAAUGUAGAGUAAAGAUAAGACCUUUUGCUGGUUUAACUUUAUCAUAAAGGUGACAUAGGCAAGCUGUGCAGCUUUACAUUUUAACCAGGGGACUCUGUGGCAUUUAAACCGUCUAGAAAUGGUUGUACUUUAAUGCCAGUAACAAUCUGCUUCCUCUAGUGUCAUUAAAAUAUAUACAUUUAGUGUAUACUUAUCACAAACAAAAAUCUUAUAAGGAUAUAAAACCAACAAAUGUACGUGUUCUGUUUCUUGGCAUUUGUGGCAUGCGUUUUUGGAGGAUCUUUAGAGAAGAGCAUUUUCUAAAGAUUUUCAGUGUUCAUACAUGGUAUGUGGAUCUUACUGAAGUCCUGGAUUUUUUGUUUGGUUGGUUUUGAGUGUAGGCAUUGUGAAUAUUCACUUUUAAUCCUAUAUCCAAAAGCAAUUCUACAUGGUUUUGAUUUAAUCCAAACGCAAGCUCUUCCUUUUUCUGAUACACUGGAUUCUCCGGGGUUUGUUCCACAUUAAACUCGUGCUGUCGUACCUGCUCUUGUCGAGAUCUCGUCAGUCUGACCGUAGGUGCCACCUUGGAAUCGAUGGGCUGCUCGUUCUCCUGUACCAUGUAUGAUUCUCGUCCUCUCCUCCUUCCCUCAUGACAGAUGAUGAUGAUGAUGAUGUGGCUUUAUAUUGUGCCUUACUUGUACAUCUAGAACUCAAUGUUUCUCGUUCCCUCUGCGCUCUUCAAACCCGACCCCCCUGAAAUGGAAUCGGAGCUGAUAAAAGCAUCCUGAAGGAAGUUCUGGAUAGGUCUGAUUUCAGUUUCUCUCAAUAGUCCUUUUGUAUUUAUACGGAAGACCAGUUUUUGAAUGGCCUUGCAAAAUGCGGGGGUGCUCGUGAAGGGUGUUUUUUAGCCCUCGACCCCUUUUGCUAACGCUUCCUUUUAUGGUUUAUUGAACACAUUUACUGAUACUUGGUGAGUACUUUUGUUUUGGAUGAGACUUACUCCUAAAGCUGCGUUUAUGUGUGGAUAGGCUGGAUUUUCUUACUACACCAGUUGAAAUCAUUGUGAUUUGAUGAAGUUGCGUUGCUGUAAAGCUGAUGUGAGAGUCGGGCUCAGCUGUGGUCAGUUCUAAUGCUUUGUAGACAGACUUCUUUCCAUACUAAGAGGGCCAGGAAGAAGUUGGGGUUUUGUUAAACCAGCCAACCCCUAAAAUGGAUGAAGGGUCUUUUAACCAACCCAAGAGCAACCAAGCACUUCCGAAAUACAGUGCUGCCAGUUUUAUUUUUUAAAAGAAGAUCCCUCCCCCAAUAUUCAUCUGAUAUUUGCCUUCAUUAAUAGAGCAGUUUGUUGUUCACAAAAUACAAAGACUGGAUGUGCUUUUCCAUAAAUCAUUUAAACAAAGCUAUUUUUUUAAAGCUCCGAAAGGCUUCUUCAGGAGAAUUUCAGAGGGUUGUAUACAAGUUGCCUUCAGCAGAAAUAGCAAAUGCGAUUCUGUUCCUCAAACGUGCUUGCGAGUCUUCCUGAAAUUCUGUGGAGGCAGAACCCGAUUAUGUACCGUGAAUGUCAGGAUCUGUGUUUGGCCUUGCGACCUGGAUUUCAAGCGUACACCUAAUCAUGGGUUUAUUUUCUCUCUGAGUCGGAGGCUUCAGUUGGAAUCAUCUGGUCGAGUGUGCUGCUGGGUGUGCUCUUGGCUCCUCCAGUCUCUUUACCCAGGGAUCGUGUGAAGUACAUUUCAAACAGUUACAGCUGCCGUGGCCGAUUCUUCUUGUAACUGUAUUAAGGGCAUUAGUCUGUUGAGAAAACACCACUCUUGAGUAUCUCCCAAUACCAAUUGGGAUUCUUAAAUGUCAUUAACGAAAAAUGGCACUUCUAGGUUAUAUACUCUUUGCAGCAUACAAAAACCUCUCUAUCUUGCUACAGUUUCCAUUUCACAAUAUGCCAUGUUUUUCCCCUCAAUGCUUCUAGCAUGACAAGAUGUGUGUGCACUGAAUUAUCAUCCUCAGCCUCUUAGACACUCAUGAACUUCCACAAGAGCAAAUAAUGACUAUGCAUUUAUUGUCUUUCUAAUGAGCUGUGGAGCUAAAAGCAGAGCCAGAGCUAUUUUAAGCCACGCUUUUUCCCCACCCCCCCCAUUUAAAAAUUAAAAACUCCAGAUUUUUUAGAUGACAUCAGUGUUGAGAGUGUUUCUUAAGAAUAUUUUGUAGUCGUGCAUCUCUUAAGUCAAAUUUGGGUGAGAACUGGCUAAGGAAAACUUCUGGCUCAGAUUUGGUAGUGUCAAAAGCACACUCCACCCUGUCAAUAUCUUCUGAUUGAGAAACGGAUCUAGUAGUUGCACUUAAUUUUAUUAAUCUUUCUUAUGGAUAUUCUUACAUUCUGAUUUGGAUCAUCUCCCAGAAUAUUAUGUGAAAUCCAACUGAAUGCUCGGUACUUGUGGUUGAGUGAACUCUUAAGGCUGACGGCACAUGCGGGUGUAGGUGGUGGAGAACGUGUUUUCAAAAGGCAUUUUAAACCAAACAUGGCAUCGCGUGCUGCCCGCGCUCGGGGUCACCAUCGUAAUGCUGUCCUGGAUACUCUGUAAUCAACUUCCAACUGGAGCUCAGAAAAACUCACUGAAAGUCUCGUCUCUGUUAGAAAAUGUACCUUGUUACAAGCAUGAUGUGUUAAGAGUUGCGAUGUUUAAUGUUGGUUAAUAGUUGUGCAGUUUUUAUUUUUUUCAAAAAGAGGCACAAUUAAACUAUUGACUUUGUUUACUCUGUCACCCUUGAUCUCUAGCACUUCUGUCCAGAUACAAAUUCAUCAAUGUAUGCAACAUCCUUUGUAAUUUAAAAUAAAAAUUGUGGAGGAAAUACCGUCUCUAA